AUGCCCGCGAUCGACACGCAUGAGGUCGCGUACCAGGCCCGAGAGUGGAGUGAGGACGAGCUGAGCGGGACGACGGCGGUGGAGGAUAUUGUCAGCGUCGGGAGCAGCUUCAGGAGGGCGCGCAAGCACCUGGCCGAUCCGUCGACAUUUCCGCCGCCCGCGCUCUCGAGCGGGUCCUCUGCGUCGACACGUUCGACGGCCUAUUCGAGCACGGGAAGCGCUCUGGCGCACGAAUACGCGCACGUGCACGUUGUGGGCAGCACCGAGUCCCCGAUUAGCCCGGUCGACUCGAGCAUCGGUGUCGCCGUCUCGGACGACCUCGAGCCCUCGUCCUCCUACCGCGCGCCCAUCGACCAGACAUCCCGCUGGUCCCAGAAUUAUUCCCAGAGUCUGCGUUCGCGCUCGAGCCUCGUCCGCUCAAACUCUAUUUCCGGCCGCGAACACUUGCAACAGCCGCCCGUGGCGCCUGCAAUGACACACAACCUGCGCACGACACCCAGCUAUGACCUCAGCUGGCAACCGGUCGACGAGCGCGACGAGGUCGAUCUGACAUCAGAAGACGACGACACGGAUCUCGACAUGGACGACGAUGACGACGACGACCCCGACCGCGAGGAGGAGCGCACGGCCGCCAUCGUAAUCGCCGAGGAGGGUCGCGGUCUCAUCGUCCGCGGCGAUGGCGUCGCUACCGUCAAGCUCAGAGUUGAUCCAGGCACAACACAUCUCCUAGUCGGUUCCAGCAGCACUCCCAAUGCUAUUCCCUCCUUUCUCAACCAGACUCUGCCCAUGAUAUCGAGCUCUCUGCUGGCGCUGGACAUAUCUUGCAACUUCUUGGGUGCUCUCCCACUUUCGCUGGAGGCGUGCGUCGGUCUGGAAGAGCUCAACAUCUCCUCUAAUCCCAUUCGAGCCAUUCCCAUCUUCAUCGCCAGCUUGACCAACUUGCGGGUCUUGAUUGCGGACUCGACGGGUAUCAACACUUUGCCUCCUCAGUUGUCUGCACUUGAGCAUCUCCAUUCGCUCUCGAUCCGGCGCAACAAGAUGUAUUCGCUGCCCAUUUGGCUUUGCCAACUUCCUGCGCUUGAAACGCUUCUUGUAGACGGCAACCCCUUUCAAGGGCCCUGGAAGGCGCUGGUUGAUCCUCUUCUCGCAAAGGAAAAUACUGUCCCAUUGUACCCGCCAUCGACGCCCAUUCACCCACCUCCAUCUGCGACGACGGCAACGCACUCAGAAGGACACUCGGAUUUGGAUGAUCCCAGUCCAUCGGAAUCGCCCUACCUGGGCGUUGAGCGCCAUUCAGCUGAGGACGAGGAUAAUACGAUUGUACCCAAUCGUGCAUCCUUGGUUACCAGUCGUGCACCCGAUUUGCCGCCCCCACCACCUACGCCUCCUACACCUCUCCGCAGCCCAGGACUCACUCGCACUCGCACUGCGCCCAACCGCGGUUAUUUUGACCGUGAUCGCAGCCCGCGCGGAGGCGAGCCGACGUCUGGCGCACGCGCUGUCAGCCAGCACGAAUCAUCGUCGCGAUCUGGGAAAUCAGGAGAUGGACAAGUCCGCCGUAUGAAAAGUGCUGGAGAGCUGCGCGCGGGGCGAGGAGCGCAUACUGCACCUGUAUCACCCGCUGGUUCACCGCCUGCGUUGCCGUCUCCUCGAGCAUCGCCUCCAACAAGCAGACCGGCUACCAACUACGCUUCUGGUUCGGCUAGCUCGUCAAAUCUUCUCGGCACUCCAGAAGUCCUUCCUCCGCGCUUCGCGUCACUCGGCGCAACAAAUAGCCUGAUUGCCGCGAACGCGCGGGCUCGGCCAGCUCUGCGCGAUGGGUUGUUCUCUGACAUCCCUGCAUCUUCGGCAGCAGCCGAAUUCCCAGCAGGGGCGACUUCUCGCUCGCCAUCUCGGCCUCCGUCGCCGCCUCCGAGUGCACCUCCACACGGUUUAUUCAGUAAACCUGGCUCACCAGAGGCGGCUGAAAAGCGGGCAAGAGCAGGUCCGCCACAAGUCGGUUCGGGGAAGAAGGAGAAAGGGAAAUGGGGAUUCCUGCGGAAAAUGAGCAUGGGCAAGCUCAAGAACGACUCGCCUCCAUUACCUGGGGCGCCGCCGCCGAGACCAGCGCCUAUGCAAAUAGCGUCUGCGACAAGUCUCCCGCGUCCUGGCCCUGCUCCGCUUGUAGGGAUACCAGAUCAACGCAGCGCGAGCACUCCCCUACUCGCUCGACAAGUGCAGGCACAUGGGCCGUCUAAGCUCGACGUACGUCUCUCGAGCACGGGCGCAUUGAAUAUCGACAUGCCUUCACUCAAUGGCUCGGCAUUUCCACCGUCCAUCAUUGAACCGGAGGAGGGCGAAGAAGCUGGGCUGCCCCAAGUGGUGGAGAUAGACGAUGCACCCUCGACGGCAACGCCGCCAAGUGCGUCCGCGAGUACACCCGGUUUCCUAGGCGCUACGGGGAGCAGCAGCAUGCUCGUACCGCCCGCAUCACCGACAAGUCGGCGAGCCAAGCGACGAAGCUUCCUGCCCAUUGACUUCGCAGGCGGCCUGACAAUACCGGUUCCGAGCCCAUCCGCCUUCGUUACUGGCUUUGCGGUGGACGAAGGUGCACCCUCUGAUGAAGCGGAGCGCGCGCGUACACCAAGCCCGACGCCCGCCGACCUGUUGCGACGCGAGGAGGAGCGUGCACGCGAGGCAUACACGCGCGCACUGCGAUCUGUCAUGGCGUAUCUACGCGACAUGCACGAUCUUAGUGUGCCGCAAAUUAUGCCCGGUGCGCCUGCGGAGGGUACACGUAGCCGUCGGCCGACGGUCAGUGAGGUCGGCGGGCGGACGAACUCGGAGACAAGUACGCCCAGUGUUAGUACGACUGGCACGCCAGUCAUCGGGAGCCCGACGAGUGCCAGUACCAAUGGCGGGCAGCUGAGGAGUAUGGAGAGCAUCAGCCGGUUGCGGAGUGUCAGCCAGAGCCAGACAACGAGCAUGAUGAGCACGGAUAGCUCGGGGAGCGGGAGCGAGAGCCGGAAGUUCAAAGAUGACGGCGCGAAGCGGGCGGCUAUCCUACGCGAGAUCGUUGAGACGGAGCGAACGUACGUCAAAGGCUUGCAAGAGCUCAACGACCUGUACAUCAAACCCGCGGAGGCACCCGUCAAUGUGCUCGGCGCGAGUACGAAGGAGACGAUUGUGCCAAAGGAGGAGCGAAAAGUCGUGUUCAGCGGCGUCGAGGCUCUCUUCUCAUUCCACAGCAACAACUUCCUUCCUGCGUUGGAACAUGCCGCGGCACCCAUUCUGCGUCUGCGCUCAGCUGCGUCGGAGGAUCCUGAUGGGAGGCUGUCGCUCACCGCGGCGGUCGCCGUUGCUAGCGCAUUCGUGGACCACGCCGCAUUCAUGCGGAUGUACUCAACGUACAUCAACAACUUCGACAAUGCUAUUGACCGUAUCAAGACAUGGACGGUGGACAAGGCGGGGUUAGGUGGCUCGCCCAAUCCUGGCCUCGCCACAUCCGCACAAGUCGUCGGCCUCGGACUUGGCUCAAAUUCGUCAGAGACAUCGUCACCGCUCAAUGGUGGCCAGCGCAAGCGCAUCAAGCAGUAUCUCAAGCGUGCACGACUCUCUCCACGGCACAGUCAGCUCAACAUCGAGGGUUACCUUCUUCUUCCCGUCCAACGUAUCCCACGGUACAAGCUGCUUCUCGAGCAGUUAGGAAGCAGUACUCCGCCGACAUAUGAGUAUGUGGAUCCCUUGGAUAAGGCCCUGACGGAGAUCUCGAGUCUGGCGACGAACAUGAACGAGGGCAAGCGCGAGGCGGAAGGCAGGCGCAAGCUGGUACAAUGGCAGAGCCGGAUACGCGGCCGCUUCCCGAGCCCGCUUGUACAACCGCAUCGACGGCUCAUCAUGGACGGACCCCUUUUGCUUACGCGCGUCGUACGCAAGGUCACGAUCGGCUUCGAGGUUGUCGAUGGCAUGGGCGACACCACAGAUGUGCAGGUCGAGUGCCUUGCACCCGAGCAGACGCCGCGUAGUCUCGUUGGGAUUCUGUGUAACGAUUUGCUUGUGCUCUGUCGCGACCCGAGUGAUGGGAGGGAUCCAGGCAGUCAGGUCGAUCUAUGGGCAGUGUUGCGUAUGCAGACUUUGCCACAACCGGCGAGCAUCGUACAUGGCAACGUGCUCCGCCUGGUUGAUAAUAAGGCUAUCCUCUACUUCGAGGCUGUCAGCACGAGCGAUGCUCUGACGUGGUUCCGAGCUAUCAAUCUGCACAUUCCCAGCAAAACAUAA